AUGCUGGCUGUCGGCCUUACAGCCGCGCUCUCUCUUGAGGCUGAAGCCUCCAGACCCCACCGCAAGGUCCGGCGACCCAAGAAGGCCAGCGUCGGGACCAUGCGAACCCCCGGCAUCCCGAAGGACGCGCCGUCCGCCUACAAGACAGCACUGGGCAAGGCCUCGGUCAAGCUCGACAAGAAGAACCUCAAGAAGCUGCCGUCGGACUUGAUUGACCCGGACUCGCCUGACGCACCCAUCCAGACGCUGCGUUACCUGAGGCGGCAGGUGCAGGCGCAAGACUUUUUCGAGUGCCGGUCUUCGUCGCCGGCGCCCACGAGCUCGGACUGCAACACGGUCAUCGACCAGGUGUACGCGUCGCAGCAGUCGCUGGUGGUGGCCGGGGGCUCGUGCCUGCUGUUCCAGUUCAACACGUGCUGGGGCUUCUUCUGCGCGCUGUGCGAGCAGCUGGCCACGUCGACCGACUUCAUCGGCAACCAGCUCGGCUCCGUCGAGUCCCUGUGCGUCGAGAGCGGCCAGGUCGGCACCAUUGUCGGCGAGGACCCGCCCCAGUUCGACGUCGGCUUCGUCUACCGCGGCCAGGGCCUGCCGACCUACGACGUCUGCUAG